GACGAUCUAAAUCUUAAUGAAGCUGCCCAUAUUACAGGUAAGGAUUACUUUAACGACCACUAGAGCAAGGUAAGUGAAAAAGCAAAGCAAUGCCUAUUGGCUCGGGCACACUUACUGCGGAGGAGAAAUACAUUGUUUGGUCUGAGCGAAUCCGCUUGAUGUUUCAACCCCCUUACCUUUUUCAUAAUCAUUACCCUACGGAUCGUUAUGAGCGCGUAUAUUCGGAUAAAAAUGUAAAUAUGGGCUUGGGUGGUGGUUCGGGUUCUGAGGACCUCCCGCAUUCCUCCUCCUCAUCGAUCAUCCACGGCAGAGUUGAAAGCGUAGGGGGUUCUACGAAAAAGGAUCUCUCGUCGGACGUAGGGGCCUCACACCCUGACAAAUAUUAUGAUCAGGACAUGUAUCCGUUUUGCUUCUACAGGCGAAUGCUUCAAACAGUGGGAAAAGAGAAUUCCCCACGUCCGUCUUACGAUCACCACUCCGAAAUGGACACCUUCAACGCGGAAGAUGUGAUCGCCGAUCGCUUGGCCGUCAAACUGCGCAAUGCAGCGGCUGAGACGCGGAGACAAAAAGCCAAGGAGUCUUCCCGGGAGAAUUUAGAAUUUGUUAAUGCUGUAAAAAAGGAUCUUGGGCGAGGUGGAGAUUCAAUAGUUUGCCGCGAUGCUUCUUUGGAUGUAAUGUUGUCAGCUAUGCACGACGAUAUGACAGAACUGUUACUUUAUGCUCAGAAGGAAAAUAGGGCCUCACACGAGUUGCAAUCUCAGCUGGCGCAUAGUAGACUACUGCUACUAAGAUAUUCUACAGCUAACGAAGGCGAAUAUUCAACAGCUAGAAGUGAUACCCAGUGAUUUUGGUAGUCAUUGCUAUAUUAUAAACAGAACUGAGGAAGGGAUGCUUGUUUUUUUCCUAAACACGAAAGAUUCAAUUUCGGAGGGGAUAUAGGGCACAU